AUGUCUUUACCAGACGGAUGGGUACAACGGUUUGAUCCAAAUCAAAAUCGGUAUUAUUAUAUUGAUCUUGUUAAUAAGCAAACCACUUGGAAUGAUCCACGCCAACAAGGAAAUGGUCAACUUCAACCAAAACAAGAAAUAGUUAAUGCUACUCCCGUCGAUAUUCAAUACCAACAAUCAGUAGCUACUCAAAAACAACAAAUUGUUAAUCCUAUUCCCGUCCCUCAAAAGGAUAUCCUCAUUGGUGAAGAUCAAAUUAAAAAACCAAUUGUUAAUGUUAUUCCCGUUCCCCAAAAGGAUAUCGAUCAAUUUACCAAACAACAAAUCAUUAAUACUGUUCCUGGUGUACAGUAUGAAAAAUCAAAAGAUAUUCAACAACCAAUCUAUAAUGCUAAUCCCAUCGGUGUGCAGUACCAACAAUCAAAAGGUAUUCAGCAACAAUAUCAACCAUCAAUGAAUAUUCAACAACCACCACAACAACAAAAUAUCGUUAAUGCUAUUCCUGCUGAUGUAUGUCCAUGCCCAUAG